GGACAAGAUGUUUCAGCUUUGGAAACUUGUUCUCUUGUGCGGCCUGCUCGCUGGAACCUCAGCAUCUCUUCUUGACAAUCGUGGCAACGAUGUUCUGAGGAAGCUGAGAUCUGCUCUUGAGAGUGGACUUGCCAGCGUUGACAGUACAAUUGAAAUUAUCUUUCAGAAUUUGAAGACUGAAUUGCAAUCCAGGUGUUCAGAAGAGGUUGUGGAGAACCAGGAAUCUGAGAAUUUGUUGGAACAACUCAUUUCUGGAAUUUUUCAAGUAGUGAACAGGCUUACAGGGGUGAGAAUCAGUAAUGUCCAAGUCCCGGGUAUCACAUUCGAGGCAACUUCUGACAACAGUGCUGACGUGAAGAUCCCCAUCACUGCUGAUGUCACCGUGAACCUGCCUCUGUUGGGUGAGAUUGUCAGCCUGAACCUCACUGUGGACCUCCAAACUAAUGUCAGCAUUGAAACUGAUGCCGAGAGUGGUGACUCCAAUGUGGUCGUGGGAGAAUGCACCAACAACCCAGAAAGCAUCUCACUCACGGUGCUGCACAGGCGCUUUGGACUGUUCAACGAUGUUGUGGACUUUGGCAUCAACCUUGCGAGAAGAGUGGUGUCCUCUGUGGUGCAGGAUGAGCUGUGCCCACGAAUCCGUGAACUCCUUGAAAGCCUGGGUGCAGAGUGUGUUAAGAAACUCAUCGGUGAGCCUCAGGACUCCCAGCAGGGAGACUGAAGAGCGCAGAUGAAGAAAACUGCUGGGAUGUCUGCCUGCUGAUUGGUUCCCGAGACUUGACUGAAUCUCUGUUCCAGUUUCCUCUGGGAUGGUCGGUGCUGCUGGGACGGACCAUCCCCCAGGAGUGACAACUGAG